CUUCCCGGGUCUCCACUCGUCGGAGAAUGAAAUCGAUCCAGCCUUGAAUUUAAACUCGUGAAAUGAAUUGGUUAGUUGUGAUCAAAUGAAAUUAACAGCACCAGUUAACGUGGAAAAAAAUGACAUGAGCUCCGCGCGAUGCUUGACCUUCGCCUUCAAAUGGUUUCGAGGUUGGUUUGCGCACAAGGUCACCCCAUGUCUCUGGUUUGUCUCAUUCUAAGUAUAGUCAUAUUCGCUAAAAAGAGCAUGCGAAAUUCCAGCACCACUUUUCUGAUUGCGUUAAAUCUGGCUGAAGCCUACAGCGUGGCCACACUGGCAAUAUUUCAGGCUUGCAGUUUCGAGAAGAAAUGCUCAGACACCUGGUUGUACAAUCAAUUCAAACUGUACUCUACCACAUACCUGGGGAUAGCCAGUCAGCGCUGUGUCUACGUUUACAACUGUUUGGUCGCGGUUCAGCGAUGUCUUGUCGUAGCGUACCCGGUCAAAUUCAAAACCAACAGGGUUUUAAAUGAACCUCUGGCAGUAUGUGUCUUCGUGUUGCUCCUGUCACUGACUCUGCACGCCUAUAUACCAGUCAAGUAUGCUGUCGUUAGUAAAAACAAUUCUCACAGUAUCACUGAGAGUCGGCUCGCCACAAGUCACGUGUCCCUCUUUAACGCGCUGACAUCGACCUCUAUGUACUUGUUGAUGUACACGCCCCUGAUAUUAGGCACCAUCUCAAACCUCGUCAUGUGUGUAGCCCUGCGACGCCACGCUCUAAACAUGCGCCGCUCCUCGGCCACCCCUGGGACAAGCAAACGAAGAGACAGUCAAAUGAGCACCGGGAUCCUGGUCUCCACCUUUCUCUUCUUCACUCUGUCUCUGCCUUCUAAUGUCAACCAGCUGGUCUCUUUACACGUGGACAACUAUGGCGCUCUCAAGGCAGAGCAAUAUCUCUAUCAAACUUUAUCCGGAGCAUUCGUUGUUGUCCAAGUUGUCAGGGACCUAAUGAUAUUUGUCUCGUUCACUUGUGCCAGUCCGUCUUUUCGACGUCAUUUAUUCAACAUUGUUUCGUUGGCACUGGUGCGAAGACAAAGCUCUGAUCCUAAAGAAGUGUCCCAGUCGCCAGCGACCGAAACAUCUCAGUUAUCUAUCAUCAUGGAAACAAAAUACAAAGCCAACCACUUUUAAUUACGUACUUUAAUUCUUUAGGCAAAAUUAGCACCGAUAAAAGUUUUUUUUUUUCCUGGGUCUUGUUUGGUUACAGGAAAUACGCAUUUGACUUGAAAAGUAUCUUAGCUUUUUAAUAAAGCAAAUUAGAAUCAAGAUCUAUUAUUUUAGGAAUUAGUGUGGUAAUAACUGUAACGGAUAAAUGUUGGCCCGGAGAAGUGUGUGAUAGAUUCGGGGACAGGGUGAGAGAAAGGAGAAUCAGGGCUACAUGAUGUCACGUACAUGCCUUUGUGACCAACGAGAGUGUGUUGCCAGUAACAACCAACAAUUUUAAAUUCUCCCUUAAAACAUUCUUUUAGUCUAUAGCAUGGUUCUGUUCUCGUUGUAACAACCUGGUGAAAUUGUCUGAUUCAAGGAGCAAUGAAGGUCUAGUGACAUGAAGAUACGAUCCGGGGGGGGGG